AUGACUGGUUAUGCUGUAGGUUUCUUGAAUGCCAACACCGACCCAUACUCACGCAGUCCUGCCAACUACGGCCUCAUGGACCAGAUUGCUGCGAUGCACUGGAUACAAGAGAAUAUCGCGUUUUUUGGUGGUGACCCAACUAACGUGACCCUACUAGGCCACGGCACUGGUGCAGCGUGUGUUAAUUUCCUGAUGACUUCCAGUGCAGUACCAGAAGGAGAAAGCGCCGCCAUUAACAGAGUCACUCUGAAGCAAAAAGGAGUCCAAAUUGUUUUUAAAUUAACUUUGCCGACGGCGCUCGCCUCUCCAUAA